CGAAAACUUCCGUGAAUGUUUUUCGUAAGCAGUCUGGUGUUUGUCGUGAUUCUUUACGUGCCGGAUGUAAUCGCGGACUUAAACCAGACAGUCUGUUUCGUGCACAUGAAUUCAAUCAAAGCUGUUAUGUGCUGCAGGUCAUUUUCUCGUCAAAGUUCAAUAACGAUGCAAGGGUGUGUGAUUAUUGUCAGGUCAUUUUGUCAUGAAAGUACAACGGUGGUGCAAGGAGUGUGAGAUUGUUGUCAAAUCAUUUUCUCAUCAAAGUACAACGGCGGUGCAAGGAGUAUAAGAUUGUUGUCAAGUUAUAUUCUUAUCAAAGUACAACGACGGAGCAAGGAGCGUGAUCAUUAUCAAGUAUCAAGCAAUUACGAUUUUGAAAUUGGUAAUCUGCUUGGAGCGCUGAAAAUCGAUUAAAGCCGUCGUCCCAUAGAGCAGGUUAUUUCCUUGCCAAAGUACAACAAUGGUGCCAAAGAGUGCUAGAUCAUUGCCAAAUUAUAAUCGCUACAUGAUAUUCGCUGCAUAAUUUGGCUGCAUUAUUUUUACUGCAUAAUCUUAGCCGCAUGAUCUUUGCCGCAUAAUCUUCGCCGCAUAAUCUCUGCCACAUAAUCUUUGCUAGAAAAUAACAUCGGUGACAACAAUUGAGAGAAUGGUAACAGGGAGAUUGGUAACAUUCUCGUAAAUUUUGUGCGCAUAAUCAGUGCUAUAAAAUAUAUUUGUUUCGUCGUAAUAUAGCAAAAUGUGCGUCGGGAGUGUCGUUGAUACCGGAAGUGUCGUGAUAGUUUCGCGCGAGUACGAAACGCCGUAUUCUAGCGAAUCUAAAGACGAACGCAUUUCGACGAAUGAUACGAUGAAUAUUGGGAUACGAUCGAAUCUUUUUCGAGAGAGGCAUGUUUCUCGACUUUGGGCUCGGCUCGGGGGAGGAAAGGAUCGAUUUUUAUCAUAGGAUCCCGACUGGGGCCUUCCAGUGUCAGACGUGUCAUAUGAUGCAUGAUGCAUGAUGCAUGAUUAUCGCGGUGUUUUUUGCAUGCUCAAAAAAGUUGUGAAGUUACUAAUGCAUGAUAGUAAUUUCGAAAUCAUAUGAAUCACAGCAUAGAAGUCAGCAUGUUUUGGCUUAAGUCCGUUGGUAUUGGUGCCGAAAUACUGUUGAGAUACCCGGUAUCCGAUUGAUCCCAUGACUAAUUGAACCUUACCUUCUUCGAGUUUAUGCCCUCUGUUUUGAAAUAAUCGUACCCCAAUUGUUAAGUGCGGUCGUCUGAAACGCGGACGGAAUUCGCGCGUAACGUCGCAUCUUGGACAAUUCGGUUCGAUUCGCUUGCGACGUCGGAAGUGCCGUUUAAAAAAGUAAGUCGCGCGAUUUUCGUAUUCGGGUACGCGCGCGAGCAAUGCGUGCGUCGCGAACGCAUGUGUCUUGAAAGUGAUGUGAGUGUCUCGUUGAGAGGAGGAGGAAAUUUAAGAAACAUCGAGCGAUAGCAGAGAAACAACAUGGAUUCCUCAUGUGGCGGAGAAGAAUUAUUGUCAUUGGUUCACCACCCCACUUGCGGCUUAUCAAAGCAGUUGAAAAGCGGAUCGGUAUGGAGUAGCUACUCGGGUCACAGAGACCCUUGGAAGGGAAAAGGGCAGCAGCAUCCCCUCCCUACGCCCUUCUGCCGCCGCGACGCACGACGACGUCAGACUGUCGUCGUCCCGCAGCGACUUCUGCGUCAUUAUUAUUAUAGCCGCAAGGCUGACGUUUUUCUUCUUAGAACUGUAAAUAAAAGGCCUCAAAGUGUACGGCGCCGUGGAGAAGACGUUUCACCCGUUCGAGCUGAGCAGCAGGCUUUCCCGCGUGUUCCCCGGAACGCUGCCCGGUAUACAAGAAUUUCCAGAUUGGUGAAGAAAUGUUACAGCGGAACGUGCCUCGAUGUGGGAUGACAGCAACUUGGCGGCUUAGCAUCUUAUGGGCGCCGUGACCGUGCGCGGGCACGCACGCCAGUUCAUACGCAAAACACCUGACUGAUGUC